AUAAGUGAUAAGGCUAUAUUGUUUACAGGUGCUUGGCAAUGCAUUGGAGGAUGGUGGUGUAGCUCAUGGGGUUAUAAAUUAUGCAGAAAUCAGUCUCACCUGAACGGGUUCCGCGAGAAGCGCUUCACGAACAACAUGAACGACUUACCACGAAGCACAUUCAAACGCUGUCGUUCUUACAGGACAUCGUUAAUGAGAACAAACAACUCAAGGCCAGAGUGGAGCAGCUUGAGAGAAUCCAGAAAGAGUAUGAAUCCCUGGAGGAGAUGGAGGACGACCAUCAGGAUCGCAUCAAGCAGAUCCAGGAGCAGUACAUGAACAGAGCAGAUGAGAUCAAUGCCAUGCUAGCAGAAAAACACAAAACAGAGAUCCUACAGCUGGUGGAUGAGAAAGUUGAAAUUGAAAAGAAUGCAUACCAAGAAAUUACUAAGCUGAAGGCUGACAUUGAGGUCCUACAACAGACCAACAGAGAACUCCUAGGGCAGCUGGGGCCUCUCACUGACCUCGAGGAGGAGAACAAGUCACUCAAACAAGAUCUUGAAAAUGCUAAGAAGGAAAAUGAAAACUUGAAGUCUGAGUACACCAAGUUGGAAGAGGCGUCUGCCAGCAAGGUGGACGUGCACCACCUCCAGGGACUUAAAGCUCAGAAUGAGGCCCUCCAACAGCAUGUCAAAGAGCUGGAGCAGAAGAAGCAUGAAAUGGAGCACAGGAUCUCUCGACUGGAGGCUGAGGUGGUAGAGAAGUCACAGGAUGCGGACAAGGUCAAACUCAUCGAUAACCUUCGUCUCAAGCUAGAGAAACUACACAAGGAGAAAGCAGACCACUUGACAAGGAUAACGGUCAAUGAAGCUGAGAUUCAGGACCUUACAAGGGAAAAUGAACAACUGAAGGGCUCUCUCAUCCAGCUUGAAAAGGAGAAAGAAAAGCUUGCUUCAGAAUUCCGAAAUGUGUUAUAUGAACUCCAGACUUUGAGGAAACAAUUGUCACAUGAUAAUGAAAAGAAGACGUUCAGGGAUUAUGUGAUGGUGAAAAGAGAAGUGAAUGUAUUAAGGGAGGAGAAUGCUGUUCUGAGACAGAGGAAUAAAUUGACAGUCGAGAAGCUGCCGGUCCUGAAGCCGGACCGACCACAGUCGGGCAUCAAGGGGGCAGAAUCCAGGGACACUAACAAGAGGCGGCAGUUAGCAUUGCCAUCAUCAGGACAUGCUUGAUAGAAGUGAGUUACCGUUCCUGAAGGCCGAAAGGGUAGAUUCCAGGGACACUUACAAGAGGCGGCAGUUAGCGUUGCCAUAACGUUCAGUUUAGGAGUCUCUCUGUUAACUUGGUGUUCUGUGUAAUGUAGUCAAACAUAGAAGUUUCUAGUUUACAAAUUAAACAUAAAGCCAUUCCUGAAAAUGCAUUUCUGGAUCUUGUAUUUAUGCCCCAAUAAGCAGCCCCUGAUCAUCUUCUGGACCAAUCUGUAAGUAAUCUUUAUAAGCGCCCCCUGCAAAAAUAAAAAACUUACCCCUUAAUUAUUAUAGAAAAAAGUUUGAUUACUACCGCUUGAUUUCUGUAUACAAGUUUAACUUGUGUAUGAUUUUAAUAAGCAUCCCCUUCGUCCAUUUCUAAAAGACUAACAUAUUUAGGAUUAAAUGGUUAUUGUAUUGUAUAUCAUGUAUAUGUUAUGUUCACAUAUUGGCCAAAAUCAGACCUCUUACAGCAUUUACCAUGUUUAAUGUGUCAUGUGGUUUAAUUUAUACCUCCUAAACAGUAUGCAAUGUUCCAUCUUGCUUCGAUCAUAUGACAGUGUAGAACAAUCACCAGAACACACCCUCCGACCACCUCGCUCCCAGCACGCUCCUGUACUACUCGUCACUUUUUUCCUUCCUUGCCCGUGGUAAAUGGACAAUUGGAUUAGUUUUUGUCAUUUGGGUUUGACUUUGAUUAAUCAUUCUUAGUCACUGUUAGUCCCUGGCCGUUAUUUAUCAAUAAAUAUGAUUAAACGGCUACUUACCAUCGUCACACGCAUUCUUUCACGGCCAUUGUUCCCAUUGGCUCGUGAAAGCUCCGUUUUGGUUUACUUUCUCGUGUUUCUACCACCCUCGUUUUAACCCGGGAUGGUUGCAUUUUGUUGAAUGUUCGUGAUUUUUAUUCUUCUAAGCCCACUCCGAAUGUGUGUGGAAGAAAUCAGCAUCGGACCCCCAAGGUCUCUGCCCUGACUGCCGCAUCCCCUGCACCCCUGCACCGGUCCAGCAUUGCACUGAUUGUGCUCACUUAUCUCUCGACCAUUUCAACGUUUACCUAGCCAAACUAUGCAAAAGGGCCCUUCAACAACUAUAGCGUCAGACUUUGUGCCCUGCUUGGAAGCCUGCAAGUUGCCAAUCCUUGUUUGUCGCCUCUUAUACCCAUGACGUGGGCGGAGCAUCUUCCACCUCGGUCAUCCCGCCAACUAUUAGUCUGCUCAGGAACUUGUAUGACAAGUACUACUCCGCCUUGCAUCCCUUGAGUCCCUCGACCUGGAGACUCUAGGAGCCUCCCUAGGUGCAGACGCAUUCGUCAGCGUAUCUCCAAGCGCCUCCUCAGGCACUGCCUCCUUUUCAGGCGCAGACACAGGCACCUCAGCAGGGGUAUCGUCAUGUGCCUCGUCAGGGCCGCCUACACUUCAAGCACCUCUCCAGGCACUGCCUCCUCCUUCAGUGCCUCACCUGGUGCAGGCGCCCCCAAAGGGCUAUCUUCAAGCACCUCACCAGGCGCCACAUUAGCAGAUUUGGUUCAUUAGGCACCGCAAUUACAGGUGCAGCUACAUGGUAUCCAAGAUACCGUUUGUUGUCUGCCACUCUACGCUUCUAAGGAUUAGAUCCUGUGAAUCAUGGACGUCAUUAAACUGGAGGAGCCUGUCCUGCUGCCUUCAGUGAAAUGCUCCUUCCAUCCCAGGAUUACGACAUUUUAUACGGUGCCCGUUGAUAACGUGGUAGACAGCAUCUCUGUUUUUACUUGCAGCAGGCUUUGGAUAAUGUUGCCCUUAAGGUUUCGCUUCCCAAAUGUGCCAUCACGUCAUCCCGGUUUAAAUUGCAUGGAAUUUCGUUCCCCAGUUUGUUAAAUGGCGCCUAUCCUUGAUGUAUGAACUGUUACGCCAACCUUAGUCCACGGGUAGACUGAGAAGCUCUUCAACAGGAGAUUUAGGAGAAUUUUCUCUCCACUGCCCAGGCCGAAGCUACAGUUCAGACCUUGCAGAUGUGUAUUACCCGCCCAGGUACUCAGUAUACAUGGAGGAUGCCCUAACAACCAAGGCUAAACACCUCCGUCGUGAUGAACCAUACUCCAAACCUUCGACGCAGACUGCAUCUUCUCAGAUUUCUAUGGCCAGAUCGACAAGGGGCUGUACUCAGUCUUCCUCCUCGGGCUUGGUGCAAGGGCGCAGAAUGACACUCCGGCAUGACGCUCCUUCCAGGGCAACUGGAAUCUACCGCCACCGGUCGGUUCUGGCAAAACUGGGACCAACUCUUCUCGGACCGUUGGGUCAUUCAGACUCUCGGCUACAGGUCCCACUGAACCUCCAGGCUUCAGGACUUCAGGACUGUGGACGGCCCUGUUUCUCCAUUGGCACAUCAACUGUUUAGAGUUUCAAUCUAUCUAUCGCAAUCCAUCAGACACACCACAUGACCAGAAAUGGUUAUCUAUUGAGGCUUAUUGACAUCAACAUGAUAUGGAUCAUGCUUUGGUGACUUCUUAGUCUGCUUACGUGAGAGAAAACAUUUGUCAGGCGGCACAAUUGCCAGUUACAUCUCAGCCAUUACCUCAGUCCUUGACGCCUCCUGAUCUAACCGUAUCACCACGGCUCCUGAACUCACUGCUAUAUUAAGGGGUUACCUGAUCUACCCGUAUCACCACGGCUCCUGAACUCACUGCUAUAUUAAGGGGUUACCUGAUCUACCCGUAUCACCACGGCUCCUGAACUCACUGCUAUAUUAAGGGGUUACCUGAUCUACCCGUAUCACCACGGCUCCUGAACUCACUGCUAUCUUAAGGGGUUACCUGAUCUACCCGUAUCACCACGGCUCCUGAACUCACUGCUAUAUUACAGGGUUACCGUGAGGCCAAUCAGUGAUUAAUGUUUCACCCUCGGCCUUGGAUCUGGGACUGGUGCUAUGUCACCUCCCCGUUUCUCCCUACGAACCUAUCCCUGCUGCAGUAUUGGUACCUCUUACUCAGAAAACUGCCUUUCUUCUUUCAUUGGCCAAUGUGGAAUGUGUCAGUGAACUGCACGCUCUAGACUUUAUUGCCAAAAAAUCAAUUGCCUGGUCAGUUGGAUCUUCACUAUUGCUCCGCUGACUAAUAAUGUUGGGUCUGGUGACCUAGAGGACAUCUACCUCUAUGUAACUAGUCGUUUUCGGCACCAAUGUGAACGCCUUUUCAUACCAACCAUCGAGGAGGGUUGCAGGAAUAUCUCCAAGAAUACGCUGUCAUUUUGGUUACAUUCCCCCAUUCUUCCGGCUUACGCCCAUGCUGGUCUAGAUCUGUCUAGAGCUUCCAAUAAUUCAGGCAUUGUUCUUGCCACACCAACAGCUCUGUCACAAACUUUGUAAGAAGUUGUUUUGGUGAACCAACACUAAUUUCACCAACUUUUACCUCCUAGCUCUGUCUGUUGAGGAUGUCAAAGGAGUCGGCCAGGUGGGUCUUCUCGUCUUUUGCCAAACAACUCCUCCCACCACAUUGCCGUUGAUGAGGUUGGAAUGAAGCUACUGCCAUCAAGGACGUCCAUACCAGCACUCCUGCAUGUUUUGUCCUUCUUCCUACAGAAUGGUUGCCUUAACUCAAUACUGAGGGCAACUACGUAUCGUGAGGGCAACUAUGGUUCCUGAUCUUUUGAGUACUUCCAGUUGAAACAUAAUUUCAGACCCAGCCUUGACUGUAAUCAGGCAUGGUGCGGAUGUAUUACAGGACUAGUGAAGUUGAACACACCCAUGGGUUGAAAACAAAGUGGCAGUCUAGUCUAGUCUGUGCUCUGGUCCAUCCACUAAACUGCAAAUGGGGAUAUGCAGUUUAUCAAACCCGCUGUCCUACCAUGGGAUAAUUGCAGAUAUUUGUUGUAGAGGGAUAAGUUACAAAAUAUAGGGAAUUAGAGUCUUCCCCUUAUUUUAUAUACUCAUCCUGACACAACAGGUCAUGUCUGCCCCGUCCAUCCCCUUGAAGAUUUGGAUCAAUGCGUCACCUGUCUACAGGCAAUAGUGGGAAAAGUGACGAGUAAUACAGGAGCAUGCUGGGAGUGAGGUGGUUGGAUGGUGUGUUCCGGUGAUAUGUCUACAUUGUUCUACACUGAUAUGAUCAAAGCAAGAAGGUUGCAACCUAUAGCAUACUGCUGUGGAGAGAUAAGUUUAUGUAUUUUACUUAUCCUGCAUUACUCCUUAAUGCAUUUACUGGAUACUUUUAAAAGAAGACAAAGCUGCAGUUUAAUCCUAAAACUGGACAAUUUAUUAGAUCAGCAUGUCUGUCUGUGACAAGCAGUAAUAUAUGGAGUUAACGGACAUCGUCACAUCGGGUCACAUGGUCUCUUCUGCGUCGUCCUGCCACACACUUCAGUGAAACAACUUCUUUCUUAGCUGGACCCCUUUGUCUUCUGUCAAAAGUAAGCAAUAAUGCAUUAAUGAGUAAUACAGGAUACGUAUACAAAUGUAACAAAUAUGUAGAUUUUACUAAAAGUAAGGUGAAUACUCUAAUUCCGUAUGCUUUACUGAGUUUGAUAACAUGUUCAAACAGGAGAAAAACAUAUUCUUCAUGAACUGUUUUACUAUGUUAACCGUGGCAAGUUUGAAGAUGUCCAAAUGGAAACCUGUUAUUCAUAUUGAUGUGAUUGAAGUCUUGGAACAUAAAAUAAACUUGUUAUUCAUAUUGAUGUGAUUGAAGUCUUGGAACAUGAAAUAAACUUGUUAUUCAUAUUGAUGUGAUUGAAGUCUUGGAACAUGAAAUAAACUUGUUAUUCAUAUUGAUGUGAUUGAAGUCUUGGAACAUG